GAAAGACAAGUGAGUUACAUGAAGGCAGGUUGUACACAUGGGCUCUCACGCGCUGAAGAAUGAGCCUCAGAGACUUUUCACUAUACCAUAUGGAAUCUUUGAAAAGCUGGAGUUUACUACAUGAAUACAUUAUCCUGUUGAUGAUCUUUACAACGGUCAGCAAAGGGUCAGCAUGUGAGGCUCCUUCCAAUCCUGAGUGCUUCAGGAGAACUGCUGAUGAGUCCGUUUACAGGUGUGAAUGGAGCAUGAAGAACACCACUGAGAGAGAUGUGACAUUUCAUUUUUACAUUCAGUUGUUUACCCACAGAAAAGUAAAAGUCAGGAUCAUUAACACAACCUGGUUUAAGAUCAACGAGAAACAGCUUUUAAAAAAUCGUCCUGUCAACAUUUCGGUUGAAGCUCACAUAGGAAACUCCAGCUGCACGUCCACCAGGAGGUCUGUUGUGCUCUCACACACAGGUACUGGAAGCUUCUCUUAUUUCACCCAACAACAUGAGAGUUUAAAACACUGUUAUUGCCGCUAUUACAAAGUACAAACGUUUAAAUUUAAAAAACAAAUCUCACGCACAAAACGGUUUUGCUUUUCCUCAACAGUAAAGUAUGAAGCACCAAAACAUAUUUCCAUGUCCUGGUUAAAAAACAACCUCAGCCUAAGCUGGACGGCAUCAGAGGAGCAUCCAGCUGCAGCAGAAAUCCUGUUACGCAGAGAUGCACACCGCACAGAAUCAUGGGAAAAAAAAACAACAAAUACCACCAGUGACACUUUAAAAUACCAUGUUCUUGUUGUGAAUCUGUCAAAGGAUUCAGCUUACCAGGUUCAAAUCAGACAUCGGCCCACUAAGGCAUUAAACCCACUGUGGAGUGACUGGUCUCCUGUUGUGAUUGUUCCUGCAGAGCUGGAACAAAAACCUGAAGUAACCAUGACAACAACACUUUUAAAUGGGACUCGAAAUGUGACACUAUCUUGGAAGAGGAUGCCAAAUGCUGUGAUGUACAGUCUGAGUGACACACAGUCUUCCAAAGGCUGUCCUUGUAAGAAAAACAGAGAUCCCAUCAACAUGACUGAGACAACAUACACUACCUUUGUCUCGUACUCUGCCGUCAACAUCUCUGUUAUCGGCAGAAACGCAGCAGGAAGUUCUCCACCAGCAAUCCUACAACUACCGGCCGUACCAGCUGCAGAGUUAAAAAUUUGUGAAAAUACGUUACUGAAAGAAAAACUAAAGAAAAAAACUUGCCUUGAGUUGUACGAGCUUCAAGAUGGAGAUUUAAGGCCAAGGUCUGUUUCUGUUACAGACAUAAAAGACUACGUUCGCUACCUUUACUUUGAACAUAGAUGCCAUGGUUCGAAACCAUGGACAGUUAAAAUGUGCCUAGUCUAUCAAAAGGAGGGUGUUCCUCUCAGAAAACCUCAGGACUUCAUUGCUUUCAGUGAAACACACACUUCUGCUCACUUGUCUUGGAAGGCCAUUCCCUCUGCAGACCAGAGAGGUUUCCUCACACACUACAGCCUGUGCAGUGUGAAAGUCAGUUCACAGGAUGAGCGCAAAGAGUGCCAUAACAUAUCAGCCUCAGUGAUGAAAUAUCGGCUGGGAAACUUGACACCAAGAGCGAAAUACAACGUUAGCCUGGUUGGAGUGACCGGAGUGGGAGAAGGACCUGAAGCAACAGUCACUGUCAACACGCUGCCAGAGAAGCCUGUGAACGUGUGGUGGAGUCUGUGCCUGCUGUUUCUGUUUUUUAUACUCACAACCAUGUGCACCUGUAUCUUGAAGAGAAUCAAAGGAAAAAUCUUACCUGCUGUGCCGACACCUGUUAUUUCAGAUUUCAAUCUUGAUCAACCAAUGAGUCAGGAUUUUCUGGAGAGAAAGGAGAAUGUGCAUAAGCUGACGCUGCUCCAGCUACAUCCAGAGGGAAAGGACAAGGAGAGGGGGGAUUCAAGGAUGUCAGGAGGAUCCAGUGAUGAGUGUUUUAGUCCUGGCUCUAACGAGGAGGCACUAAGGGGCUCCAGAGGAAGAAAAAAGACAGAUAUGGAACAGCUGGACAAUGAGAUAGAAAUGCUGAUAUACAGGAAUGGUCUGGUCUUCGAUGUGAAGAGGGACUCGCUUUGAAAUUAAUUUAAGUGAUUUUGGUGCGUCCCAGCACAAAAUUCACUCAUACCGAAGACUGCCUAAAUGAUAUACUCUGCAGAAUCAUGUACUUAAUGUUCAUGUUUUUAUUUUUUAUUUUGCCGGUGGAUUCUUUACCUCAGCGGGGUUUAUCACUCACAGCCUUUGUCAAUACGGGAUUUAUAAUCAUUGUUCAGACUUCAGAUGUUUACAGUUUUCAGAUGAACAAAAUCGCAACAAUCUUUGGAUGAAUUGCCAUGAAACUAAAAAAAAUACAUUGUCAGAAGAUGAAUCCUACUAAUUUUGGUGAUCUUAUAACGUUUCCUCUUGGGUCUCCAUGAGCUCAAAAUUCUAAAAAAAAUGUUGUACAUGACAAAUCACCUUCAAACUAAUGACAUUUGCACUUUUCUAUUCAUGACAUUCAAAUUAAACUUGAUAAAACUCAAUUAUAUACAGUGAAAUAUAAUUUAACAAAAAAAUAAAAUACAGAAUUAAAUAUCAGCCUCUAUUUACGAGUAUGGGUCCAUUGUAAGGCAGUGUAAAACGAAACCUGAGGAUUUAAAAAUAAAGAACCAGGGUGUUCGUGAUGGCUGAGCAGCACAACUGUGAGAAUUGCCUUAAGGUGAACAUGUGACAGGAAGUGGUCACAAAAAACCCAGUGACCUUAAAAAAGGUAAGUCAUGCAAGGUUACACGCUAUUACUCACUGCCAAAGAGACUUCUGUGGGUUUUGAUGUACCUUAUUCAAACUAGAACAUACCAUAUUUUUUUUUAAAUAAGUGAUGACAGGCCGAAAACAUUUCCAACCACACUGCACUCUAGUUUCUCUGCAAAAUAAGUAUUUUACCUGCUUCCUGUGUUGUUAGGUGGUGGUCUGCUUGAGGAAUUUGACAAUUGUUGUUUUUGAUAAACACGAUGUGUGUGUGAAGAAAAUACCAUGAACACAUACCACAGUGUAUAUAUGACCUAUAGUAAAGACAUGUUUGAGACAUAUGGACUUUGAGUUUCCCGAGUUUAAUUUAACAUUUUGAUACAACAGUUAAAUUACAUCCAGAGAACCGUGAUGUGGCAUAACAUUGUAAUUAUAAUACAUGCAUGUGAAAAUGUGUCUUAAAGAUGACGUUUUUAAACAUUUUGGAAAGUAUAUUGCUUUGCUUUUAUCUGAGACUUAGAUGAAAAUAUAUCACACAACAAGAGUGUCAAUGUUAACUUUAAGCUCCUAAUGCACUUAUAUCCAACGGAGCAUCUUGCUCCAUCUUCUUGUGUGGUUUGCUCAAGAAUACGCUGUAUUACAUUACUGCAAAGGUUUACUUCCUGUAUGUUGUAGCACAGGUUGUCCAACAGAUGGCCUCCGCUGAUUUGAUUUUGCUGAACAUGAUUCAUCCUAUAAAAAUUAUAUUGACUGUUCUUCAGGUUAGAUCUUUUUUAAAACAUCAUAAAUGAGUCAUAAAUGCACUGUUUUUAUACUCUGUUAUGACACUGCUGAUAAAACUUUUAACUCUGUAAUUUAAAACAUGUUGUUCAUACAUUUAUAUUUAUUUGUCGUCCUUUUAAAACACAUGUACCUAUA